GGCUAAGCGGAUGAGGCGGAGUCAGCGGCGAGAACGGAAGUGACGUGUGAAGGUGGGCGGGCCCCCUCCAGCUGUCUGGAAGAAUGUCUGCGGGGCAAAGUGGUGGCGGGAGUGCGCUCUUCGCCAAGCGGGUCCUGGUGACAGGCGGCGCCGGCUUCAUUGCAUCUCAUGUGGUGGUUUCUCUUGUCGAAAAGUAUCCAAACUAUAUGAUCAUCAAUCUUGAUAAGCUGGACUAUUGUGCACACUUAAAAAACCUAGAGACUGUUUCUGAGAAACAUAACUACAAGUUUGUUCAGGGGGAUAUCUGUGAGCUGAAUUUCAUAAAAGAAUUAUUUGAGACUGAGAAAAUUGAUAUAGUAUUACAUUUUGCAGCGCAAACACACGUGGAUGCUUCCUUUUUGCACAGUCUUGAAUUCAACUAUGUUAAUAUUUACGGGACUUACAUUCUUGUUGGUGCUGCUUAUGAGGCUAAAGUGGAGAAAUUCAUAUAUGUCAGUACCGAUGAAGUUUAUGGGGGAAGUUGUGAUCAGGAAUUUGAUGAAUUGUCACCCAAAAAGCCUACAAAUCCUUAUGCGUCAUCUAAGGCAAUUGCUGAAUGCUUUGUCCAAUCCUAUUGGGAAAAAUACAAGUUUCCAGUCAUUAUCACACGGAGCAGCAAUGUUUAUGGACCUCACCAAUUUCCAGAAAAGGUUAUCCCGAAGUUUAUUUCACUCUUACAGCAGAACAGGAAAUGUUGCAUUCAUGGCUCUGGACUUCAGAGAAGAAAUUUCCUUUAUGCUAGUGAUGCAGCAGAUGCGUUUCUUACUAUAUUGAAGAAGGGACAGCCUGGUGAAAUUUAUAAUAUUGGGACCAACUCUGAGAUAUCUAUUACGCAACUUGCAAAGGAAUUAAUUCAUCUAAUAAAAAAUACUGGUUCAGAUGCUGAGACAGAGUAUUGGAUAGAUUAUGUUGAAGACAGACCUACAAAUGACUUGGGAUACCCAAUGAACUCUGGAAAAAUGUACGACUUGGGAUGGAGGCCUAAAGUACCUUGGAAAGAAGGAAUAAAGAAAACAAUUGAAUGGUAUCAAGAGAAUUUCUACAAUUGGAAGAAUGCUGAGAAAGCUUUGGAGCCCUUUCCUGUUCCUGAGAAAUCUGUAUGAUUUAAUCUCCAACAAAACUGGGGGGAAAGGAAGUGAAGAAAACUUCUACCUCAAGACCAUAUUCUACCUCAAGACCACAUUAAGAACAGUCUACUUAAGUAGCUGAAGUGAAUGUGCUUUGUUUUUCAAGAAAUGUGAAAUAUCAGGGUCAAGGAAGAAGAUAGAAUGAAACUCUAGAACUCUAAUCUUAAUCCUUUUUGGGGCCCAACUUAAUUUAAUCAACGUUCCAGUGCAAUAUCCAACUCGAAUGAUUUUUAAAAAUAAAUAAUGGGAUUAAAGCAAUUUUUCAAUUAAACACAUUUGUUUAAUAUAGCAAUUUUAUAUUAUGUAUUAACUUUUUAAAAAUCUAGGCAGCAAUUUUUUCACUGAGGUGUAUUUUCUGCAGCUCAUGGCUUUAUACAUGAGAGCAAGGGCUGUUUUUCCAAUCACUUAGAAGUCAUUGCUUGAUCCUCUGUUUAGAAACACUUUCUAUGCUGCUGUGUAAUCUGAAUUUCAACUGUCUGAAGAAAAGAUGCAGUAUUGAACUUGAGAGUAUAGGUGGGGAACUUGGCAGAGUUCCCCAAAUGCCAAAUACGUGUCUAUUUUACUUGCUGGAAUAACAUACUUAUUUCAAUCAAAUAAAUUUGAUUUGCCUUCCCUUUGUUUCACAAAGCAUUUUUAAUUCUAUAAAUCUGUUAACAGUGCAGACAUAUAGGCUCCCAUAAAUACAGAUAUAUAACACAUGAUGCUUUUUCUGAGUUACUUUAAAACUGGAAUUGAAGCAGUCUCUUGGAAAGGCAGAGGGCUUUGGUUUGGAGCAGCAUGGCUGUAUCUUGUAUUCCGGUCUCCUUCCAUUUUCAGUUCUGUCCAAAUAGCAACUGGAGGAUCUGAAGGAAAUGUAAGAAUAGAAUAAAAUCAGCCCUAGGUUAGCUUCACUAGGAUUCUAUGGUAACUUCCAGGACAAGCAUACCACAGAAUUGCUUGGAGGACGAUUCCUAUUUUUUAGUAGAAGCAACAACCACAUGACAGUAUAGUAGCACAAACUCUCCUGACAGUCCUUUUAGUAGAUGUUUAGAAUCUAAAACUAAUAAGCGCAGUUGUGGCAUAUCAAAGGAUCAUGUUGUUGACUCAGGAUAUUGGGCUAUACAUAUAAUUUCUAAAAUGAAAAAUAUGAAAGCAUUAUUUUUCUUGUUGCAUUUUAAGAUUAUGGCACUUCUUAGAACAGGUUUAUCAGCUUAGUCCAUGAAGUGCAUGUGGAUUUACUCUUUCCAUGAAUUGCAUAGGGCUUCGUUAGAAUCAAAGUUCUGAUUGCACCAUUGGACAAUGCCCUAACUCAGAAAAUAUGCAUUUGCUGUUGGAAUAGUCACUGAGCUGGCUCAGUGACAUUAAUGGAUAACCAGCUUGGUCUUUAACAUGCUGCAAUAUAGUUUUGUUUUUGUUUUUAAAUUCCUUCAUCAAUAAUGUCCUGUCAGCUUUUUCACAACAUAGUGGAAGUAUUUUUCCCUUUUAAAAACAACAAGAAGGCUUUUAAGAAUGGGAGUUGCAUCAUUCAUAAACCCAUUGUCAAGUUAUAUGCAAUGUACAAUGAUUGCUGAAAUAAAAUUAUUUGAAAACUU